AUGGAAAAUGCCGCAGCCAAAGAAGCUGAGUUAGCUCUAGAAGAAGGCGACGUAGAUGAGAACGGUAUUCCAUGUAUCACAGUCGUUACUGAUGGCGCUUGGGCUAAACGCUCUUACAAUGUAAAUUAUGAUUCUAUGUCUGGUGUGGUAAACGUCAAAAGCCAAGAAUAUUUGGAAAAAGCUGAAGAUUUUCUUAAUAAUCUUAAGAAAACUGCAGAGGAGAUCCACUGCAUAGAAAGAAACACGAUCGGGCAGUCAGCCAACCCCUGCUGGAUCCAAGAAAGGGCGGUUAGGAUAACAGCUUCAAAUUUUGGUAAAAUUUGCAAGAUGCGUCCACAAACAUCAAGAGCAACCACAGUGAAAACUUUGCUAUAUGGAAACUUUCAUGGUAAUACAGCCACAAGAUACGGCAACGAUAGUGAAGCACGCGCUAUUGCUGAAUUUGAAGACAAAUAUAAAGUCAAAAUUUCUCAAUGUGGAUUGUUUAUAGAUAAGAAAAAUUAUUAUUUAGGGGCUAGUCCGGAUGGAUUAAUUGGUGAUACCCAAUUAAUGGAAGUAAAAUGUCCAUAUUCCAUCUGUAAUAUGAAUCCAGCGGAAGCCAUCAAAGAAAAAAAAUUAGCAUUUGCUGAAUUCGUGGAUAAUGAAUUUCACUUGAAACGGAAUCAUAACUAUUACUACCAAAUCCAGGGCCAACUGGCAAUAGCUGAUAAGCAGAUGUGUUAUUUUGUAGUUUGGAGUCCUCAUGGGAUGGUAGUAGAAGAGAUUUUUUGAGACUUGCAAUUCUGGAAUGAAAAAUGUAUUCCUAAAUUGAAAUCCUUUUAUGAAAAUUUUGUUUUGCCCGAAUUGAUAGACCCCCUUUAUCCAAAAGACCUGCCGAUACGAGACGAAAUUGUGUUCCGAGAUGCUCUUCUUAUUGACACCAUAUAACGGGGAUAGAUACCAAACUCAUCCAAUGCAAAGCAUUUUUUUACAGACGUCAAAAAAUGACAACAUUUUCACACUCAUUUCUGUGCGAAAAAUCCCACAAUGGUUUUAUUGGAAAUUGAACGACAAAGUUUAUUGAUGAACUAGCGUAUACCCAGGGUGCGCUACUACCCUAAAAAAAGAAUUGCAUUUUGUUAAUUUUUUUAUAAUUUUUUUCAUUUACCAAAUAAAUUCUCCGCCCUUGGUUAUUCUAUAAUUUGAAUAUGGCUACGGUGCGCCAAUGAACUUUUGCAUGAAUAUUUUGAGACAGAGCCAGCCGAGCGUCGCGGAGUCUCUGGCGAAGUGGCCGG